GAAAACUUUUCCAUCACAUGCAGAGGGCAGCGCCUGCGGUCGCUUCCUCUUUCCUCUCUCUGCCGCCGCUUGGACUCCACGCGACACGAUGUUGGGGAUAAUCUGAGAAAAGGCUGAGAUCCAGCCCGUUUCAGAGAGCAGGACCAGAGCAGAUAAUGUGUGGACAGCUGGUGUCUGGUGUCGUCCUGCAGGGGAGACCGUGGAUCAGACAUGGGUCCAGCGCAGGAAGCAGUGCCGUCCUUCAUUGGCGUCCUCACCCUCCACCGGGAGCUGCUGGUGUCCAAGCUGAAGAGCGUCCAGUGCGUCGUGGACAACCUGCACGCCGCCGGCUUCCUCUGUGACGAGGACGUGGAGAUCAUUCAGCAGGUCGCCACCAAGGCAGACCAGGUGCGUAAAAUCCUGGAGGUCGUCCAGAGCAAAGGAGAGGAGGCCUGUGAAUACAUGAUUUUCGUCAUCUAUAAAGUGUAUGAUGCCUACAUCGACCUGCAGCCGUGGCUGAAGGAGAUCAGCUACCGGCCCAGCCAUGGCGUUCUGGGAAUGACGGUGGUCAACACAGACCCGAUCAGCAGGUACUGUGAGAAGCUGAGGCAUGAAAUAAUCCGAGACACGAGCUUCAUCAUGUCGUACGGGCAGCAGGAAGAGACGCGUCUGGACAACCUCUACACCGACACCGUGAUCGAGCUUCUGAAUGACUCCAAUGAAAGCCUGGGCUACCUGGAGGACCUGAACCAGCUCCUGGGUGACGGCGAGGUCUUCAACCACCAGGGUGAGAUCGUCUAUGUGAUGGGCGACGCCGGCGUGGGAAAGUCCAUCCUGCUGCAGAAGCUCCAGAACCUGUGGUCCAAGAGGGAGCUGCAGACCGACGCCAUCUUCUUUUUCAAGUUUCGCUGUCGCAUGUUCAGCAUCUUCAAGGAUGCGGAGCAGAUCUCCCUCAGAGACCUUUUGUUCAAGUACAACUGCUACCCCGAUCACGACCCCGAUGACGAGGUCUUCGACUACAUUACUCGAUUCCCGGAGAAAGUGGUUUUUACUUUCGACGGUUACGACGAGAUUCAGGAGGACUUAGACAGGCUGAAUGUUCCUGAGGUGGCGUCGCCGGAGGAGAAGUCCAACCCCCUACAGCUGCUGGUCAGUCUGCUGUGUGGGAAACUGCUGAAAGGCUCCCAGAAGGUGCUGACGUCCCGGACCGGAACCGAGUUCCAGAGUAGGGUGAUCAGGAAGAAAGCGGCGCUUCGCGGUUUCUCCUCCUCUCAGCUGAAGACUUACGUUAAGCUGCAUUUCAAGGAGCAGGAGCACCGGGAGCAGGUGCUGGUCCAGCUGGAGGCCAGCCCCCACCUCUGCGGCCUGUGCUCCACCCCGCUCUUCUGCUGGAUCGUCUUCAAGAGCUUCUGGCACCUGCACACCGUACACGACAGUUUCCGUCUGCCGGAAGCGUCCGUCUCGCUCACGGCCAUCUUUUUGAUGUUGUCUGAGGUGUUCCUCAGCCGGCUGACCUCUCCGGCCCCGUCUCUGACCAAGAAGAGCCCCCGCUGCACCUCGGACACCUUCAGGACCGGCCUCAGGCCGCUCGCCGCAUUCGCCAAGCUGGCACUGCAGAGUAUGGCGAGGGGCAGCUUCAUCUGCAGCCAAGAGGAGGUCGGCGCCUGUGGUCUGACAGACGAGGACCUGUCGCUGGGAUUCCUGCGAUCUGUUAGUGAGUUCGACACCACAGGCAGUCCGGCCACCUUUGAGUUCCUCCAUGUAACCCUGCAGUCCUUCCUGGCAGCGUUCGCUCUGGUCCUGGACGAGCGGAGCGCCGCCAGCACCAUCCUCCGGUUCUUCACUGAGUGCAGCAGGAGGAGGAAGUCGUCCUGUCUGCCUUUGAGCAUCUGGUCUCGACGCUCCUCCAAGCCCGACGAGAAGACGCCGUUCGCCACCAACGAGCACCUUCAGUUCAUCAACCUGUUCCUGUGCGGGCUGCUGUCCAAGGCUCACAUCGGCCUGAUGGAGCACCUCGUGUCUCCUGCUCUGCUGAAGAAGAAACAGACUUUGCUGAAGUCCUACCUGUCCACCAGCGUCAAGUCGCACCUGCGUGGCCUGCCCCACCACAGCGUGGCAGAGGGCAAGAAAGUUCACGUCCUCCCCAACUUCCUGUGGAUCCUGCGCUGCGUCUUUGAGACGGGGAGCAAAGACAUCGCCAAGACGACGGCCAAAGGCAUCACGGCCGACCUGAUCAAGCUGGGCUACUGCAACGUGUACUCCGGCGACUGCUCCGCCAUCAACUUCGUUCUGCAGCACCGCCGGAAGCUCCUGGGCGUCGACAUGGACAACAACAACAUCAGCGACUAUGGAGUGAAGCAGCUGCAGCCCUCGUUCUGCAAGAUGACGGUGGUGAGACUGUCUGUCAACCAGCUGUCCGACUGCAGCAUCCAGGUUCUGGCAGAGGAGCUGUGUAAAUACAAGGUUGUGGAGUUUUUGGGUCUCUAUGACAACAACAUCACCGAUGCCGGAGCCAAGCUGGUCGCUCAGAUUAUCAACGAAUGCCCCAAGCUGCGAGUUGUCAAGAUCGGUAAGAACAAGAUCACCAGUGUGGGUGGGUGCUAUCUGGCCAACGCCAUUCAGAAGAGCACUUCGAUGUUUGAAGUGGGGAUGUGGGGCAACGUCAUCGGCGACGAAGGAGCGGAGGCCUUUUCUGAGGCUUUGAGAAAUCACCCGAGUCUCACCAACCUGAGUCUGUCAGCCACUGGAAUCACAUCUAAAGGAGGCCGCUGCAUCGCAGACGCCCUGAGAGAAAACACGGUCCUCAGGAUCUUCUGGUUGGUGCAGAAUGAGUUGAGUGACGAUGCUGCGCCGCAUUUCGCCGAGCUGGUCCGAGCCAACACCGGUUUGACCCAUCUGUGGUUAAUCAACAACCAGCUGACUGUGGAUGGAAUGAAGCAACUCGCCGAGGCGCUUCCUGUCAACACGGAGCUCAAAGAAAUAUGUGUGAAGGGGAACCAGCUCUCUGCAGAGGAGGAGAGCCAGUUUGAGUCAGAGAGACGUCUGAGGUUCCACUGAGACCAGAAGAUCUGCAGCGUCUGGACAGAAGAAAAGCUUUCACUCUCCAGUGCUGCAGGUUCAGUUCCCUGUGCUGAAGUGUCCUUGAGUGAGACUGAGCUCCACGCUGCUCCCAGUGGACGGACAGCCAGCCUUACAUGGCGCCUCUGCUGCUUGAAGACAGCGUGUAGAGACUGUAGAGACCUGGAUGUGAGUCUAGCAGCCGUUCUGUGUUAUCCACGUUAUUAAUGCUAACCUUUAAAAAAAACAGUCAAGCGGAACAAAGUGGUGAAAAGUUCUGAAGCCCGAGUCCUGUAAGUCUGAAGCGAACUGCUUCGACCGCAGCAUGCCUUCAUGUUCAGGCUGAUUUUAUAGAAACACUUGGAGCUGUGAACAGAAACGCUCACAUCGCUUUCUUCAUGAACUCUUCACAUCCUGUUUUACUUAACAGCUUGUUUUGCAAUAAAUAAACUAAAA